AUGGCUCGACCAGAAACAACAAAAAAGCGAGUCUCCAAUCUUGUCGGCCGCUUCGAACAAUUGGCCCAGGCAUGUCCAAUUCAGGAGUACAUCCAACUAAAUUCAAAAUCACCAACAUCACCACGACCAGCUUCACAUCAUGGCGAAAAGACAUGGAUGCCACAAGACCGCAGGACUUUAUCUCUAUCUUCAAUGCCAAACUCCUCCACUCUUUCAGCCAAACUGGAGCGCGAAAUCAACCGCAACGCACAACUACGGCAGGAAAUUGAAACUUUGCGUCGUCAAUGCAAAGAGGACGAAGAGAUACUGACGGCUUUGUCUAGACGUUUGGAAGAAGGCACAGAGCUGCAAGCUUCUCUACACAUGCAGACGUCUGGCUUGCAGACAAAAGUCGACAGAUUGGCAGACAAGCUUGCUCGAAGAGACAAAAUCCAAAAGGCAGAGUAUGAGCGAAGAAUUGCGGCAGUGGCCAACGAACGCGAUAUUCUAGCUUCGAGAUUGCGCAUGGCUGAAGCAAGUGUCGAGAGAGCUCGAGCCGUGGAAGACAGCGUUAAAACUGCAGAUGAAAAGAUCAGAGUCUCGGAAGAGAGAGCUCAGACAGCGAGUAAUCAAGUAACAGCGUUGCAACAACAACUGCUGGAAUUGAAGACAGAUAUUGCUGCUCGAUCGGGACAGCAUGAUAAUGUCAGUGAUCAAGAGAUCCUCGAUAUGACGAACAAACUCAACCAUCUCGUCCAAAAUUGGUGUGCCAAUAGUUUCCGGAAGAUCAAGAUUGACCCACACAGGAUGCUUUGCAGAUUCGAAAAGAUAGCAGCUCUACAGGAAGCAAAGUUGCUACGAAGACUUUAUGCCACUUUCGACACAAGCAUAAAGAUCUUCACCUUCCAAGCUACUGUGCUGUAUCUACUCAUGCCAAUCUUUGACACAUAUUUCUUUGGAAUACCGGAUGAAUUGAAGGGUUUGGACUCAGCUGCUUGGGAAAUGGAAUCUUUGACAACAUCCUUUAACGAGUGGCGAGCAAUGACAUAUGAAUUCUUGCGGAAAAGUGACAACGAUCUCAAGAAGCGCUGUCAGAUUUCACAGACGAAAGCGCAGGCACAGAUGGCAGAGCAAAUUUGCACAACGAUGUCAUCAUUGACGGGCUUGACCAUUUUGGAGGAGCAUAAACAAAGUCUAGGCACUUUGGUCGAGCAUGCUGUCUCGCUCUCCCAGGUGUUGGGAAGUCAGCGAGCUACAUAUCGGUGUUUUCUGCCGCAAGCUAUUGACCAAGACGCCAUUGAGUUUGAGAACACCACGAUGGAGAAUUUGAUGGACGAUCAGGAAAGCGAUGGUAUCGCAAGGGAUGUCAGAUGUGUCGUGUUUCCGGCUUUGAUUAAGCAGGGAGGGGAAAGAGGUGAAGAUAUGGAAGUGGAGAAUGUACUUGUCAAAGCCAAAGUCCUUUGUGUUGAAGAAGACUCUGACGAUGACGAUGAUUUGAUGGAUUGA